GAGUAUGAAUGGGAAGAAAAAUAAGAAAAAAUGAAAAAGAAGAGGCUCAUGUUCUCUCCAUAUCUGGUUUGUAAUCCCAAACAACACACCUUUGGCCACGGAAUGGGGAGACAUGACUUUGACUGCUACUCUUUCUUCUUCUCUCGCCGCUCCUUCUCUUUCCUCCGCCGGUUUCCGCCACAACAAAUGCAUUCCCUCCAAAAUUAUGCAUUCAUGCAUGCCCUUUUCCUUCCAUCAUCAUCACCAAUACCACCCUUUCUUAUUGCAAGUGGUGAAUGAUGCUGAUAGGAGUGAAGUGUCUUCUGAUACCACAACCAAGACAUCAUAUUCAGAAGCUGACAAGAUGGUUGAUGGUAUGGACUUUGGUGAACUCUGCAAUGAGUUUGAGUGCAUAAGCAGUCCCUUGGUAGAAUCCACUGCAAGACAACUUGCAAGAGACAUACUUGAGCUAAGGGAGGGAAAUAGAUCACUUGGGAUAUUUGCUGUUUCUGUCACAUACAAGGAUCCUAUCAGGAGUUUUACUGGUCGUGAGAAGUACAAAAGAGCACUAUGGGCAACCAGUACACUAGACAACCCAUCUGUGACUGUACAGGAAAUGGUGAUGCUAUCAACAAGUGUUUUAAGUAUAAAGUGGACAAUGAGAGGGAAGCCAAAAUCUUUAAUUGGUGGGAUAGGAGGAGAUUUGAUACUUAGAAUUACUUCCAAGUUUACUCUUAACCAAAUUAGUGGUCAAGUCAUUCAGCAUGAGGAAUUCUGGGACUUAUCAGCUUCAUCUGCUGGUGCUCAGGCAUUUUUCUGGGCUUCACGUGCCCUUUUUUCCACUGUUGAAUCUGUGAAAGACUUGUCUGACAAUGCAAAGAAUUUAAGUAAAUUUUCAACUAAAAAAGAGAAUUUGGAGAUUUAUCCAGAUCCUUCAGGUGAUCCAACAAAGUUCUUCCAAAGGGAUGACAAUUUUCAACAGGAUGCAUACCAGAUUGCACUACUCAUUGCAGUUCUUUAUUUUGUGGUACAAUUUCUUAGGACAACUUUGUAAAGCCAACAUCUGAACUUGUAUCCCUUUGUUCUCCAAUAUUUAUCUCUAUAUAUUGUGAUUAUCACCUUAUAAUCUUAAUGUUAUGCUCUCGCUGUAGAAGUGUGACUAUAAACUCAGAUGUUUCCUUAGGAGUUUUGGUCAUUUGGAAGGCCAAAGCAUUAGUUUUUUUGAUACUACAAUCACAAAGGAUCAUUUGAUUACAGC